ACUGGCUCAGAGAGAGAGAGACGGAGGCAGGUGGAGGACGCAAACGGAGAGAGAAACCAAGUGGGAAGGAAAAUAACAUGAUGAAGGGAGGAGAAGAAAGGGAGGCUGCCUCUUGUACCACGCACUGAGAGAAACAGAGACAGAGGAGGCAUCGAAGACAAGGAGGAUUGGAGAAACCUUCCACACUCGCACAGCGUCUAGUGCAGAAAGGAGACAGUGGAGGAGGAGUGUAACGUUUCUGUCCAGCGCUUCCUGAACCAAACCAGGCAGGAGCGAGAGGUAACAGAGCAACAGAGCGAAGGGAAAAGGAGAGGGCUUCCUCGACAAAAUUAUUGGAAGAGAAGAGAAAGAGAGGAAGAAAUGAAGAAGAUGGAAGGAGGGAGAGUGAGCAGAGACAUAAAUACCUGGUUACUCAGGCUCACAUGAGUGUAUGGACCUGAGCCCAACCAGAGUACUACAAGAUGCUGUCAAAGAGCAAGCGUGUGAGGGCGGAGUGUUAGUGUGAGGGUGAUGGAUGUCUGUUUGCACAAAGUACAGCUGCUUCUUGCAAUUGAGUAAAAAGGACAGAAAGUGUUGAUUGAGAGCAGAAGAGCACAUUUAGGAGCCAGAUGAGCACUGGUGUGUGUUAGCCCAGGUGUGUGUGAGAGAGUGUGUGUGUCAGUGAGAACAUAUUUGAAGUACUGACCAGCUGUUCAGGAGGUAAACAGGGUCAUGCACACCUAGAGGAGGGGAACAAGACAAGAGGGAGGAAGAAAGGUGGCAAAAUACACUCACUUGAGCAAGUGUACGGACCAAGAAUCACAUACUAAGAGUGGGUGUGCAGGCAGCUGGAACACAGACAAGCUUAAGUGUGAACAACUCAGGUGCAUUUAGAGGUGUGGGUUUUAUAUGUGUGAGUGGUUAGGAGAUGGAUUAAAAGAAUUACAGCCAUAAAAAAAGGAAGGAGGACACAACCUGAGCUUCUUCAAGGCAUCCCACUUGAAACCAGCUGCUCUCCAGUUUCAGUUUCCCACCUGACGCUGCCCCCUACCUCAAUAAACCCAACAAGUGGACUUGGAGGCCAGAAAAAACCCCAGACAUUAACACCAGCAUUCGCUGAUUAAGCGGUUCUGAUUCCCUGCACAUCAGUGGAUGCCUCCACACUCCAACCAUGGGAGAGUGGACCAUCCUAGAGCGCCUCCUGGAGGCUGCCGUGCAGCAGCACUCUACUAUGAUCGGAAGGAUCCUGCUGACAGUAGUGGUGAUCUUCCGUAUCUUGAUUGUUGCCAUUGUGGGGGAGACCGUGUAUGAGGACGAGCAGACCAUGUUCAUCUGUAACACUCUGCAGCCAGGUUGCAACCAGGCCUGCUAUGAUAAGGCCUUUCCCAUCUCUCACAUCCGUUACUGGGUCUUCCAGAUUAUACUGGUGUGCACACCCAGCCUCUGCUUUAUUACCUAUUCCGUUCACCAGUCAGCAAAGCAAAAAGACCGGCGCUACUCCUUUCUGUACCCCAUAAUGGAGAGGGACUAUGGGAGGGACGGGGCACGAAAGCUCCGCAAUAUAAAUGGUAUUCUCGUUCAGCACGGCGGAGAUGGUGGCGGAGGCAAGGAGGAACCUGACUGCCUGGAGGUGAAGGAGAUACCCAAUGCCCCAAGGGGCCUCACCCAUGGAAAAAGCUCCAAGGUUCGCCGGCAAGAGGGGAUCUCACGUUUUUACAUCAUUCAAGUGGUUUUCAGGAAUGCCCUGGAGAUUGGCUUCUUGGCCGGCCAGUAUUUCCUGUAUGGUUUUAGCGUGCCUGGGAUUUUCGAAUGCGACCGCUACCCAUGUCUGAAGGAGGUGGAAUGCUAUGUCUCUCGACCCACAGAAAAAACAGUGUUCCUGGUGUUCAUGUUCGCGGUGAGUGGUAUUUGUGUGGUGCUCAACCUGGCUGAGCUUAACCAUUUGGGCUGGCGCAAGAUCAAGGCUGCCAUCAGGGGAGUCCAGGCACGCAGGAAGUCCAUUUGUGAGAUCAGGAAGAAGGACAUGGCGCAUCUGUCCCAGCCACCUAACUUAGGACGCACACAAUCCAGUGAAUCAGCCUAUGUCUGACCACUAAGAGAAGGAGCUGUGUCCCAUAAGAGUGAAUGUGGAAGAGAGAGAAUGAAAAAUGUAUGAGUUUAAUUUAUUGACCGUUGCUUGGAGGUCAAAGAGUAUAGCCUCUCAUAUGGGCUGAUGGACCAAAAAACCUCUGCAAGAGUUGAGAGCGAUUAGAGGAAGAAAAUUACAAAGCAUGAAGAGGGCACAAUUCUGCUCUGCAAACGAACAUGAUGAACAGAUUUUGAUCUCAAGGGAAGAUAUUCCAACUGCCAUUUUAUACUUACAUUCUUUUUUUAACUAAUUACUUUCUCCUCUGCCCCUCAACUCUUUGGAAUAAAACCUCUAGGGGCUGAAGAGGGACACACCAGAGAUGAGAAGAAGAGCGAACGGGAGUGAACAGAUGAGAGGCUGUUUUGUGUUCUUUUGGGAUAUCGGAGGAUGACAGGUGGUGCAUCCCAUGGUGCUUUUCUUCUGGACUGUGUCAGCAUUAGUGAAAAAGUGAAGACCGGAUAGGAGGUGGGACAGGGAGGAUGAGUAGCAACAUCAUUAAAAGAGGAACGGAAGAACUGUCAAAGCCAUGACACACUCUAGAGAACAAAGUUUGCAAGAGACUAGGAGGGAAAUAUUACACUGUUGGAAAACAAAUGAAACAACCAUGGAGGGAGAGAAGAGAGGGAAUGUAUUUCUUUUGUUUCCUCUCCUUGCCAGGGACUUGAAGACUGAAGCCAAAAAAGAAAGAGCUGCCUCUGAACAGUGUCAACUUCACCUCUCUUGGAACAUCGUCACAAGCCAAAACCAAGAGAAAGACUGACAAUGUUUAUGUUUUGUCUCUUGGCAAAAAAUUGCUUUAACACAAACAAAGCGAGUACCAUAAACACUUUUUUUCUUUUCUCUCCCCAAUCAUUUUCUCUCUCUGCUCCACGGUUGGCAGCUAUGUAGACACUGGGGGCUUCGGGUGACAGUAAUGACCCUCACGGUUCUCCUGCUCCGUAAACCUGGGAGAGGAACUAAUGAACAAAUGGAUAAACAGCGAGUAAACAUCAGACUCUCCUAAAGCACAAGCCAAACAUCCCUCUUUCCAGCAUUCCAGUGUGCUCACAGACAAAGGAGAGAAAAAAGAGGUGAAGUAAGAAAGGGAACGAGAAUUUAUAGAGGGGAACAGAUCAUUUUAUUACAACUUUUAAAAAAAAUUUUAUAAAAUAUAUCACACAGACUUAUGAUAUUUUUUCUUUUUGAGAAAACAAUGGUGCCAUCCUUGAGAUAUUUAAUUAUUGUUAAAAGUAACAUAGAGUAUAUCAUGGAAAUAUUAUUUACCCAUUUAGAUUAUAUCCAAAUAGAUUUAUUUAUCUUUGUGGGUGGGAUGGGUGGGAAAACAUGUUGCUGUUUUUCAAAUGUAUAAACUGUCUGUCUUUUUUCAUUUUGUUAUUAAAUUAAAUCUCUCACCGAUGGAACUGAUUAAUGACAUGUACGGGGGUGGGAAUAAGGGACAAGAUUGUGAGCUUUGUUUCAUAUCGCGCUGCGGCUGUGCAACAGAUUUUCUUAUUUGCAGCUGUAAAGAAAGUUUUAUCUUUAACUACAAUUAAACACAAUUUCCAAGUGUUGACAAAACAGACAUCUUAGAGAGGAGAGCUUUAGUUUUCUGGAAAAUCAGUUGCACAGCCCUGGGCAAUUAAGGCCUGUGAGCCAUUUGAAAAGGCAUGUUUACUUGAAGAGAUGUUUCCUGAAUGAUCAAGCUGUGUAACCGAGGAGCUGUAAGUCUCUAAGAACAGUUGGUGUUUUUGAAUCUCAGUGAUUUCAUUUUGCUUUGCUUUUCUGACUGGAUUUCAGCAUGCAUGCCUUGUAAGAGAAUGAACGAAAAGAAUGAAAAAUGAAAGAAAUAGAAAAAGACGACAGAAAGCGUUGCACCUUGAUUAAUGCAGACGAGUGGGAGAGUGGCAGACUGGAGGAACUCAUGUUUGGAUGAAGGCUGCAUACCCAAAUGCAUAAUUUCAACCUUUUAAACCUGUGAAACCAGAAGUAGGUAGUGUGCUGCACAUGGUGUCAUUCUAAAGAAUUUUUAUGUAUUUAAAUGACAUGGAUUUUAACACACUUGCCAGUUUUGCUACUGUUCAUUAUCAUGAUGCAAGCACAAACAGACAGGAACACAAAACAUGCUAAACUCAUCUGUGAUCUCAAGAUGGUUCAUUGAUCUUUUUUUUUUUAGAUAAAAUUCCUGUUUCAGUUUUAUAGACCAAGACAGUGCUCAUAUGCUGAUUAUUAUUUAACUUAGGGCUGAUGCACAAAUUCUUCUUAGACCUUUCCUAUGAACUCAGUGCUCUGAGUGGCCAGGCAUUAAGUGAGAAUCCUGCCUGCGCUUGAACUGAACGGCCUUAAUGUAGCUUGACACAGCAAAGCAUACCACUGCCAGUCUUAGGGGUUUGAUUUUUUAUUAUAGGACCCCCUUUUGUAAGAAAGCUAGUCAGUUAAAGUAGCUGUGUUGUAUUUUGGAUAAGUCCACAUAUCAGUAUCUGUACUCUUUAACAACUCUCAGCAGAUUGGGUCUAAUUCUUUAUAAUAAUAAAUAGUAACAGGGAGGAAGAUGAAGACAAAACUUUGUGACGUUCAGUGUUAAGGUUUUCAGUUUUGUUAAACUUUCCUUCAACUUGCCUUAUCUGGUUACACUGCGAUUAGAGGCAUUCCUCACAAUUCCUUUACACUUCCAGCGUCAUUACGUUGUAGGGGAAAAAACAAGUGAACAUCUGUUGCAACAGUGCCACUGAUAGCCACUGAUGUUUUCCCAGCUACAGAACAACCCUUAAACAGUACAAUAUACAAAAUACUAAAAACUGGAAAAAUACACUGCCACCAGAGUUACCAUAAGUGUUUGAACUUUGGCAACAGCUGAUGUUGUAGAGAUGUCCUCAACUCUGCCUCUCCAUUCACUCCCACCUAUAAUCUCUAUGAUACUUACAGGUGAUUAUCCCCAGAUUUAGACUCCUCUGAGGAUCUCCACAGGGCUCAAUAGAAUGGUGCAGUUUACAGUACGCUUGAGGAAGGACACCGACAGUGCACGCCAGAAAGGCUAAUUAUAGAGGUUGUGUCUUGGCCUCCCUUCAUUUACUGAGAGCUUGGGCUUAAAUACUGACCUUGAGAUUUAGGGCCAAGCCAAUGUCCUGCACUAUACACAGCUCCUCCUGGAGAGUCACUGUACAGUACCACACUGAUCCAAUCCCCACAGCACAGAUCACUGCUGGUGUCAAGUCUAUUUUUGGUUCAUGGUACUUGCACACAUGUAGUGCUAAUCUCAAUGUGGAAACAGCAGUUUGAGUUCAUUUUUGUCUCCCAUUGUCUGGUUUCAUUCAGGUCAAAAACACCCACAUAACCAGCCAUAAAGCUGUCCUGGUUUCUAUGGUUUAGAUUUAUACAACAUGCAUUAGUAACAAAACUGUAAGUUGAAAUGCUGUGAGCCUGCAGUUAGCCAGUCGACUGCUUUAUAAGAGCAGGUCCUGCACCUUCCAACAGUCCACUACUCCCCACUGUCUACUUUUCUAUUUGUCAAUGUGAAAUGAAUUAUGCAACUUUUUUUUCUCAUUUGCUUAUCUUUUUGAUGUGUGAAUUAAUUUUGUUGUCUGUUGCUCUUUUGUGCAGUGACAUAUCAAAAAAGAAGAUGUUUUCUAUGUAAAAGAACAAAAAAGUUUUUUUUCAAUGUGUAAAAUCAGAAAACAAGCAGAAAAGUAUGUUAUAUUUCUUCCCUUGCCAAAGUGAUAUGCAAAAUUUUAUUAAUUUUCAACCGUUUUUUAAACUGCAUGUGUUAUGGCUAGAGUAAGCAUGUUUCUAUGUUUUCUUCAAAGGACUCUUUAAAGACAGACUUUUUUAGUCCAAAAUCUUGAGCAAAACUAUUACGUCUUGAUGCCAAGUGUGUAUAUUAACAAGUUCCUUAGAGCCAGGCAGACAAUAACAACUCACUGAUGUUAGAACUACCUAUUCCAGUAACUCACAGUUUCAGCUCCAAAACAAUUUAUGAAAAACUCCACAAAAACAUAUUACUCAGAAUUUUGCACAUAAAUGUAAAAUACCUUUAUAAUGUGUUGUAGAAGAUGCUUAAUGAUCUAUAAGCCAAUCAUUCAAAUGAUCUACUGUAUAACACAGGGUACACAGAAAUACAAGCAUACAGGUAAAAGGAUGGCACCACAAGAUCUCAGAACAUUCCAGGGUUUAGUCCCAGCACAAUGUCCAACUAACUUAUCAUUUACCACCUCUACGAUAGGAUUAAAUCUCAGAGAACCUUGUUUUUGCAUACAUUGGCAACUUUUGGAGAGUAGUACACUGAUAAUAGACUCAGGAAAGAAAACAAUGCUGAUCCUUUACAGUUUUGAGAGCUUUUUUAGUCAAAAUGCUGUUUCUACAUAAAAAACCCCCACAAGAAUCAUUUGAUAGAAAAGGGAUUAAAAUGUCAGCAUACUUUCCACUUACCAUCAUACUUUGUACUGUAAAGCCCUCACGAAAACUGUCUUCAAGUCUUAUUAGUUUCCUGCUGGUGCUACUGAGGUAAAAACAUUUAUGAAGAUACAGUUCCAUCUCUUCAGCACACUACUACCCCACGUACCACGACUUAUGUAGCAAAGCAGGUCUCCUUAAUAAUAGGCAAAGCUGUUACUCUUGACUGUUACUAACAAAUGGACAUGACCACAAAAAGCUUGUAUAAAUAAUCAUUUUCAUAAGACACGCCACUUCCUUUGUAUUGAAUAAUAGUAGCAAACAAUUUGACACCUCAGGAAUGAAGCAUAUUGAGCUGCUGCAUUAAGAUAGAGCUCACUGAGCUACAACAUUGCUCUUUAUACUGCCAAAUUGACCUUAGAUUAAUUUAGUAAUCACAUUAUGUAGCCAAUCUGAAGGGCUGGUGACCUUUCAGAUCAGUAGUUAUGGAAACAUCCCUUUUACACAUUGAAGGGCUUCUUUCUUACUAUUAACAAAAAGCCAUAGUUUAAAAAAAGAAAGAGGUUUCCAGCUUCAGACAUUGUUGUAGAAGUAUAAUGUAUACUCCCAGUUCAAGCUAAUGACAUUCAUAGACAUGGAGUUAAUUAAGAGAUCAUUUUUGCAUUUAAAUUGAAAAUUAGACAUGCUUUUUAAACAGUGUUUAACUGAAUGAGACAAAUUUCAGCUUUUAAAGCUCCUUGUCCCAGAUGUUCAGCUUCAAUUUUCAUUUUACUCUGUGAAAUAAAAAUGCUCCCUUUCCCCCCCACAGCCCUGUCUGAUGUUGCUACGUCUGUCCUGUCGGUGAGAUUAUAACCGUUUCAGGGUUCAGGAACAACCUCUCAACCUCUUACUAAUCUGUUAGGAUAUCAAUUGUGAUUACUUCAUCUAAUUACAUAGAGUGGCAGAUCCAGGCAGGACAGAAUUUAAACCACCAUCCACAUUUGACUAAAUCACUCUGUGCAUCUCUCUCACCAGUACUGCCACAUCUCAUGGCAGCAGGGCUGGAGAUGGAGGAAUAUAAUCUGACAUGGCUUCAGGUGGUGUCUUGUAAAGCAUAGCUACAUUAAUUUAAUUUAGAUCGUCAAAGAAGGCUAAAAAAGAAGAGUCAUGAACAAGACACACGGGAAGCAAUGGCUUUUAGCUGUUCAAUAUCAGUGAACUCAGGUCCACCACUCACUCUUCACUUCUCCAAAACCAGCACCUCUUAAGCUUUGACCAGAUUCUUUAACUGCUAAGAUGUGUGUCUUUUAACUGUGUGAGAGGCCUGUUGUUUAAGUGAGAGGAUGAAUCCUAAACAGUGAUGUUUCAGGGCAGUGGGAGAGCAAUGUCACAUUUAGCCAAUAUUUGGCACCAUUAUGGUGAUUAAUAUUUUAAGGGAUCAGAAAGGGAAAAUAAUAACAAACCUUAGCCCUAGAAAUUUCAGCUUAGCUUCAACAGAACAUGUCAUAUGUGACAUCUUUACGGAUGUAAAAACAGGAACGAAGAAACAUGGUCAAACACACACACAUACACUUUGUAAUCUGAAAAUCUGUUGUUUCACACUGCAGAUUUUAUGAUGUACCUGACGGACCUUCAUUUGAAGGUUCACUGUAUAUUUAUGACUGGUGUACUGUAUGUAAAGACUGAAUAAAACCUUGAAUGUUACAUCAA